AUGAAUUUUAAUUAAUUAUGGGUAUUAGCCCCAUUUUCUAUAGUGAUAUUGAUCAUUGUGUACUUGGAAAUAAUGUUGAUAUAUGUAAACUAGAGUUCUUAAAAUAGAUUUUCAUAAAUCCAGAAGGGAAAGAAAUCAUCUAGGUGGUUUUACAUCAUUUACUAUUGUUGGCUGUUAUAUUCUCAUUUUACAAAACAUCCACUACUAAACCAGGAACUCCAAAAUAAACAGAUACUGAAAAUGACUCUUUGACUAAUUAGAGGAAAACUUGUAAAUUUUGUUACAAUACUAAACCAAUCAGAUGCCAUCAUUGUAGAUAAUGUAAUAAAUGCAUAUUGAGAAUGGAUCAUCAUUGUCCUUGGGUGAAUAACUGUAUUGGGCAAGACAAUUAUAAAUAUUUUUUUUGCUUAGUUUUUUAUGCUAGUAACUUAAAAUGAAUAUUUAGAGCCCUAACAUCAGUUGUUUACUUUACCAUAUAUUUCAAUAAAAUUUUAAAAAACCCACCAACAGGUUCGGUUGAUACUUAUUUUAUAAUAUUUGCUGCUACUCUAAGUUUUACAUUGAUGAUUGUCUUAUUUUUAUUCUUAGCAUUUCAUACAAAGUAGAGAUAUAUAUUAUUUUAAAAAGAUUAAUAAGCAAUAAUUAAACUACACUAGAAUAUUUUGAAAAAUAACGAGAACAUUACGAUAAAGAUUUAGUAUCUAAUUUUAAUGAAUUUUUGGGACCUGGAUGUUGGUUAAUACCUAUUUGA